AUGACGAUGCUUGGUACUGUUGCAGUGUUGAGGACGAGUCCUAUGCGAGUGGUAGGGCAGGUAGACGACUCGCAAGCCUAUUUUCAUCGGCUUUUUUGGACAUUCUCACCGUGUAUUGAGGCAUUCCGACAUUGCAAGCCAUUUGUCAAUAUCGACGGGACCCACCUGUACGGCAAAUACGGGGGUACGUUGCUAGUUGUGAUUGCACAAGAUGUAAACUGCAACAUCCUGCCUAUUGUAUUUGCACUCGUGGAGGGUAAGAAUGCUGAGUCUUGGUCGUUUUUCCUAUCCCACCUCCGCCAGCACGUGACUCUGCAGCUGGGUAUUUUGGUGAUAUCAGAUCGACACAACGGUAUCAAGGCGGCACUUGAGGCUCCCGACGGAGGUUGGCUACCACCUGCUGCAUACCGUGCAUUCUGUAUUCGACAUGUGGCCACAAAUUUUGCGCUGACUUUUAAGGAUAAGGAUGCACAGAUGCUUCGGGUGAACCCAGCGUAUGCCAAGACUAAGGUUGAAUUUGAUUACUGGUUUGAUAUUCUACGAACCGAAGACCCUGCCAUGUGUGACUGGGCUAACAGGAUUGAGUAUGCGAUGUGGACUCAACAUUGGGAUGACGGUAGGAGAUUCAGACAUAUGACGACGAAUAUCUCCGAGUGUGUCAAUUCCAUACUGAAGGGAGUGAAGAACCUUCCUGUUUGUUCACUGGUGCAGUCCACGUAUGGGAGGUUGGCCGAGCUAUUUGUUCGCAAGGGGAGAAAGGAAGAGGCUCAGUUAGGAAUCGAACAGCAGUUUAAUCAACAUCUAGUGAAGGCCAUAGAGGCUAAUCUAAAGACGUCGAGGUGUUUCACAGUGACUUUAUAUGACAAAGAUAAUUCUGAGUUCACUGUCUCCGAAACCACGCCUACUGGGUCCUUCUCACUUGGUAGUUACAAAGUGUCACUCAGGGCUCAGACAUGUGAUUGCAGAUAUUUUCAGACACUUCAUUAUCCUUGCUGUCAUGCCUUAGCAUGUUGUGUGUAUUCACGGCUCACUUGGAAACCCUAUGUGCAUCAAGUGUAUUGCCUUAGCUCGUGUAGGCAGACGAAAGAGUACCACCCGAAGAAAAAUGCUCCUGAAUUGGACUCGACGGAGGCUCAUUUAGGUCCACAUAUAGGUGUGACUGGGUCCCGGUGGCAUGUGAUCUUUGACGUGCUGCCUCAUCCUCCUGCAUGA